AUGGAGAAAUUGUCGAAUGUGGAAAAAAAACUUUUACGACUUCCACAAACUCAUUUGAAUUUGCGUCAUUUUCCUGUUACUUGGUAUGAUGUUCUCAGUCAUUUGAUAUUGAGUAUCACUAAGAUUCUUUCUCAACGGGUUGCUAUGCUUGCUGUUUGCAAACAAUCUUUCCGUCAUUCAGAUCAACAAAGCCUUUUGUUUUUCAGAUGGGAAAAGUUGACUAAACAUUUGUUUAUUGGAGACAAAAAAGUUUGA